AUGAUUAACGAUUUAAAUAAAAAAAAGAAAAAAAAAAAAAGAAAUGAAAUAACAAUUGAAACUAUUCAAAAAGAACAUUCGCCAAUUUUAAAAAAAAAGAAUAUAGAUAUUUAUAUUACAUCUGACAAACCAAUUAAGAUUUAUUAUGAUAGAAUUUUAAAAAUAUUAAAUAGUACAAAACAAGUAGAUAGCAUUAUUGAAGGAGAUAAUAAAAUUAAUAAUUCUUUUGUAUCAAAUGAUGAAAUUCAUAUAUAUGCAGUUGGUUCCAAUAUAAUCAAAGCUUCUUAUUUAAUUCAAGAUAUAGUUAAGCAUUAUUAUCAGCUUUUAAAAAAUAUUCAAGAUUCUUCUAUGAAAAACAAAAAAAAAGACAUUGAUAUUUCUUCCUUCAUAGAUAUUAAAAUAAAUAGUAAAACUCUUAUUGUGAAUGAUAAUAUAAUUUUAAAUAAGUUUUUGAUUAAAGAAGAAUUUUUAAGUGAUAACUUUGAUGAUUUAAUAAAUUUUUCUAAACAAUCAUAUAACCCAAAUAUUCAUAAGUAUAUUGAAAAAAAUAAAGAAAGGAGACUUACAAAUGUUAUUAUUUCAUUAAAAAAAAAGAAUUUCGAAUCAUAA